AUGUCCGCUGCCUGGAACGAAGGCCCUGACCAGGGUGGCACUCCUGCUGACGGUGGUUGGACAGCCGAGGCUGUGGCUCUUGAUGGUGGUGGUGGCGAUGAGGACCAGACUCAAGAUCAUGGCUUCGACAUUGCCGUCAAGCCGGAGCUCUACCCCGGCUUCGACGGUGAGCGCCAGCAGAUCAAAGACGCUGGCUGGAUUGAGAGCACCCCGUACAACUACGAGGCCGAGCAGGACCCCACCAAAGUCCUCCGCGACUGGGCCGGCAACGCUACAGUCUACGAGUGGUCCGGCGAGGAAGGCGACGUCGGCCCCGCCUCGGAAGAGCUCGAGCGCGAGCUUUUUGGAGACCCAGAGAAGCGCUCCGGUUCCGGUAUUGACUUUUCGACACUUGCUGAAAUCAAGGUUACCCAGGAGGGCGAAACUCGCAUUUCUCCUUUUUACGAUUUUGACAAGGCUGGUCUCCACCCUGCGAUGCGCCGCAACGUCGAAUUGGCCGGCUACAAGGUGCCAACUCCCAUCCAGAUGUACUGUCUUCCCGCCAUCAUCAAUGGACACGACGUCAUGGGUAUUGCUCAAACUGGUUCCGGCAAGACGGCUGCCUACCUCAUUCCCAUCCUGAACCACCUCAUGGGAAAGGCAAAGAAGCUUGCCGCUGCUCGCCCUAAUCCGGCGACCUACCGCCCGGGUCUAGACGCCCCGGCGCGUGCUGAGCCGUUGGUCGUCAUUGUUGCCCCCAGCCGUGAGCUUGGAAUUCAGAUCUUCAAUGAGGCCCGCAAGUUCUGCUACCGUACCAUGCUCCGCCCCUGCGUAAUUUACGGCGGUGGUCCGAUCCGCGGUCAGCUGGAGCAGCUCAGUCGCGGAUGUGAUGUUCUCAUUGCCACGCCUGGUCGUCUCAUUGACAUCAUGAACCGCCCUAACCAUCUGUCUCUCCGUCGUGUCAAGUUCAUGGUCCUUGACGAGGCUGAUGAGAUGCUGCAGGAUGACUGGGGUGAGGAUCUCAGCCGCAUUCUCUCAGGUGACCAAGAUGAUGGUGAUAUCAAGUACAUGAUGUUCUCGGCCACGUUCCCCAAGCGUCUGCGGGACCUUGCCAAGGAGUACCUUGCGAACGACCACUGUCGUCUGCGUGUCGGCCGUGCUGGCAGCUCUCACGGCAACAUCCAGCAGGUGAUCUCGUACAUGGAUCCUGCAAACAAGCGCAAGGCUACCGUUGAGCUUCUCAACUCCAUCCCACCCGGCCGAACCAUCAUAUUUGUCAACCGCAAGCUGACUGCUGACGAGCUUGACGACUUCCUGUAUAACCUUGGUCUCCCCUGCACCUCGAUCCAUGCUGGUCGCACCCAGAUGGAGCGCGAGGAUGCCAUGCGUGCGUUCCGUGGCGGUGAGUGCCCGAUUCUCAUUGCUACCGGUGUCGCUGCUCGCGGAAUCGAUGUGCACAAUGUAAACCAUGUCAUCAACUACGAUCUCCCCACUCUUGACCACGGCGGCAUUGAGGAGUACGUUCACCGUAUUGGACGGACUGGUCGCAUUGGUCACCGCGGUCUUGCGACGUCGUUCUACACCGACCGGGACGAGCCCAUUGCGAGUGUCCUUACGCGCACUCUCCUUGAGACCAAGCAGGAAAUCCCCGAUUUCUUAGAGAUGUACAUUCCCGAGGGCGAGGCCCGCGAGAACCUCAAGUUCGAGGCUGACUCCGACUUCGAGGAGUUCACUGCCGGCGACGGCGGUGACGACGGCUGGGGUGCCGGGGGCGAUGCAGGUGACUCGUGGGACGCUCCGGCCGAUGGCGAUGCCGGUGGCACCGGUUGGGGUGGCGGCGACGACGAUGCCAACGAUGUACCGGUUGUUGGUUGGUCGUAA